GAAAUGGACCGUCGCGCACUUGGAGAGGUCGUUCUGCUUUUCCAGGCCCGACAGACUCGGGCUGCAAUUGCGGAAGAAAUCAAAGCCUUCGAGAGAUGCUUUGACGAGGUCCUUCAAACUGCUACGGCAUUCUUGGAAGCAACUGAGGAUUUUCAGGAAGACAUCUUCCUGCUGUUUUCCGAGGACGAUGCUCUGCUAAACCUUCUCUGCCACUUCACCGCGUUGUCUAACGGCAUCCUGGAGUUUCUGGACUUCCAAGCUCAGCAGACUGGCCUGCCAUCAGGGGUUGACAUUUCCCUAGAAAGCCAGGUCAAAGCAGCUCAAGCAUUCGUCGAGAAAUUCCUUCAGACUUUCCUUCUUUUCAAGCGGGCUGAAGGCUACCCGGGAAAAGAAAUCGGAAUGCUUCCAAAAGAGGAUGUCAUGAUCUUCGGUGGAGCUGUGUUUCAUCGACACAACCGUGUCAUCCCGAUCAACGCCCCUGACCCGCACAGAGUUGAUGUCUCCGCUUCGAGGGCAGCUAAGUAUUGGCAUGGAGAGCACCUCUUUCAUCCACUCAGACACGUACCUGGCACGCAAUGGCACAAGUACUUCGGCAACCUGCAACCGGGCCCAAAGUACAUACCGGCGCUAUUCAGGGAGAACAAUCAGCAACCCAAUUUCAUCAUUGUUUUCCCAACCACCCUUGGAUUCCUGGUGGACGAAACAGGAACUGAGUAUGAGAAGUAUCGCCAAUACUUCGAAAACCAUAACCGACUGCCUGGCCCACGCAAAUCAGACGAUGUCAGAAACUCCAUUAUGCGCAGGAUCCAACGCCGUCUGUCUACCCUUUUCGAGGGAGAGAAGGUUAAUGACCAUAAAUCGGUUGUUUUCUGGAAUGAAGACAUGAGACUACUUGCCCGUCCGGAGUACGAGAGCCUUGGAGCCUUCCGCCUCGACGUACUCAAUGCCCGGGCAAACCAUCACAGGUUGGCCGGGAUCGCGUUGCUGGGGAAUGACAUCCCCCCGAUUAAAGCUUUCCCUGAGGGAAACCCGGUCACGUACUGGAUUGGCGGCAGAGAUUAAGGCAUAGACGCGAGGUUCUGACAUGUUCUGUCAACAUGGGAGCGGGGUGCUGAGAAGAGCGGAUUCAGAACGCCUGAAGGAAAGGACAUCAC